AAUCGAUGCGUUCGUCGUUCGCUGUUCAGUCUGACAGGACAACCAAUCGAUGUGUUGGAGCCUCGUGGAUCAGUCCGACAGGACAACCAAUCGAUGCCUGCGAGGACAGAUAACUUUAACAAAAAUGGAGCAGAGCAUCGGGUCGCUGCAGGAGCAGGCUUUGAAAAGAAAGGAGCGGUUAAAAGCAUUAAAGAGCAGAAAACUUCAGGGCCGUGACGAUGAGGAAGGAGAACCUGAGAGGAAGAGGGCCCUGGCAGAAGAGGCCGAGGAGAAGCACAGGGAGAUCAAGUUGAGGAACUAUACCCCAGAGGAUGAAGAACUGAAAGACAGACAGGUCCCCAAAGCCAAGCCUGCUUCAGUGGAAGAUAAAGUAAAAGAACAACUUGAGGCCGCUAACCCAGAGCCCAUCAUCGAAGAAGUGGAUUUGGCCAACCUGGCCCCGAGGAAACCUGACUGGGAUCUGAAGCGAGAUGUGGCGAAGAAGCUGGAGAAACUGGAGCGGAGAACACAGAGGGCCAUCGCAGAGCUCAUCAGGGACCGCCUUCGAGGUAGUGAGGAAGAACUGGCGGAUGCCGUUGGAGCAGUAUGCGUGACAGAAGGAGAUUCAGACUGACCUGGACUCAUGACACCUAGUGCCACAGCAGGGACCCGGCCUCCAUACAGCCACAUUCACCUUGUGUUAGGGACUCACUGUGGUCACUGGAACAACCCUUUUCUAUGUCCUAUUGUCCUACGUCCUAUAAAAUGUCAUGAUGUGUGGUUGCUGAUGAAGAUGGUCCAACAUGUAGUGUUUGCAGGAUGUUGAACUAGCACGCCUACCCUUGGUUUGUAAACCGUCAAUGUGAUAAACUAAAUGUUUUAUAUUUUCCAGGAAAGUCUGCACAUCUUUUAUUGCCUGAGAAUGUAAUACGUUACAUUCUUGACCUUUUUUAUUUCCUCCAACUCUGCAGUAGUUGAAGGAACACAUCUUACUCCCUACUCAAAUUAAUCGAGUGACUUUGCUAUAGCUGAUAUGUUGGGAUACUUAUAAGGGAUUAAAACUAACAUGUUUUGGUAUGAUUAUCGCUAGUGUAUCAGUAAGCACCUAUGUUGCAAAAAAAAAUCACAUUAAUAUUUCACCAUAAAGUGCAGU